UUUCUACAACCAAACCUGAAUGCACGAAGGGUGUAUGAUGCACUUCAUUUCAAUCGCAACAGAAACCUACGGUUAAACUGCGCAAAGUAGUCAAUAAUCCAGAUUAUUUGAAGGGAGGUAAAACAACAAAGACACGCACAGGACUGCACGUAGUCUCCCGUGGCGGCUUAAGGGCUUUGGAAUGAGAUGUUUGUGACUUUAAAGUGGAUCAGUGUUUAGUGAUGAAUGUUUUUGUUCUGUUUUUUUUUUGCCUGUCUAUUAUUAGCUGACACAGUGCCUUACAGUACGUGCAGGUGGCUCCGUGACGGUCAGGGCUGCAGCGCUGCAUCGCACCCACACGCUUCAGGUCAGCUUUCGUAUUUUCGGCAAUGCAAUUGGACUAAUCUCCCUGAUCCAGUUACCUGAAACAUCUGCGGGUGGCCGCUUGUUUUCGAGACCUGUUCGCCCCGCCGUGAAGAUGAAGUUAACUACGAGCCGCCCUCAGGUGCAACCGGCGUCCGAUGGAGCCCUGCUUUUUAUCUCGUUCAUCAUCGACCAAACCGAUGCAGCACUUCCUCGCGUUGCGGUCCCAGCUGACAGAUUCUGAUAUGGACUAUGAGAGGCCUAACGUUGAAACUAUCAAGUGUGUGGUGGUGGGAGACAAUGCAGUGGGAAAGACCCGCCUUAUCUGCGCCCGGGCGUGCAACGCCACACUGACUCAAUACCAGUUACUCGCUACCCAUGUGCCCACAGUUUGGGCAAUUGACCAGUACAGAGUGUGCCAGGAGGUACUAGAGCGCUCCAGAGAUGUGGUGGAUGAAGUCAGUGUGUCCCUCCGUCUCUGGGAUACUUUUGGGGACCACCAUAAGGACCGGCGUUUUGCAUACGGCAGGUCUGAUGUGGUGGUACUGUGCUUCUCAAUUGCCAACCCCAACUCUCUAUACCAUGUGAAGACCAUGUGGUACCCCGAGAUCAAGCACUUCUGUCCCCGGGCUCCUGUCAUUUUAGUUGGCUGUCAGCUGGACCUGCGCUAUGCCGACCUGGAGGCAGUAAACAGGGCCCGGAGGCCCUUAGCGAGACCCAUUAAAUCCAAUGAGAUUCUUCCUCCAGAAAGAGGCCGCGAGGUGGCCAAAGAGUUGGGAGUGCCGUAUUACGAAACCAGUGUUGUUGCUCAAUUUGGAGUAAAGGACGUCUUUGAUAACGCUAUCCGAGCUGCGCUCAUCUCGCGCAGACACCUGCAGUUUUGGAAAUCUCACCUCAGAAAUGUUCAGCGGCCUCUCCUUCAGGCGCCCUUCCUGCCACCGAAACCUCCCCCGCCUAUAAUCACUGUGCCUCCUCCCCCAACCACGACCGAGGAGCAUCCAGUCGGGCUCCUGGAGGACCCACACUGUGCUGAUGUCAUCCUGGUCCUACAGGAGCGACAGAAAAUAUUUGCACACAAGAUUUACUUGGCGACGUCCUCCUCAAAGUUCUAUGAUCUCUUCAUAAUGGACGCACAUAACGAGGAGACCGAAAGGCCCUCCCGUGGCCCGCUCUCUGGCAGAGAGCUGCUGAUGCGUGCUGCUAGUUUUGAUGUUUGCGAACUCAGCGAUGAUGGCGACAGGGCCAACCUCAGGGCCUGCACCAGUGACGGGACCUUGAAAGACUCCGAUGGGGCCCGACGAGGAAAACUGCUCUCUUCGUGGAGCCGAGCCUUUGUCAGUAUCCAGGAGGAGCUGGUGGAUGACCCGUUCACAUACAGCCCCAGGCCCAUGACUGUGGUGCACAUGGACCAGUCCAUGCAGCUCGGCCCUUUCCGAGCGGUGCUUCGCUACUUGUAUACGGGUCAGCUGGACGAGAAUGAAAAAGAGCUAAUGCACGUUGCCCACAUCGCUGAACUGCUGGAGGUCUUUGACCUGCGGAUGAUGGUGGCAAACAUCCUCAACAAUGAAGCCUUCAUGAACCAAGAAAUCACCAAAGCCUUCCAUGUACGGCGCACAAACAGAGUCAAAGAGUGUUUGGCCAAAGGCACCUUUUCUGAUGUAGUAUUCAAGCUAGAUGAUGGGACCAUCAUGGCCCACAAGCCUUUACUCAUCUCCAGCUGUGAUUGGAUGGCAGCUAUGUUUGGUGGGCCUUUUGUGGAGAGCUGCACCAAAGAGGUGUUGUUUCCAAACACAACUCGCAGCUGUAUGAGGGCCGUGCUAGAAUAUCUCUACACGGGUCGGUUUUGUUCUCGGUCUGACCUGGACGCAAUGGAGCUUAUUGUUCUUGCCAAUCGUCUUUGCCUCCCCCACCUGGUUGCACUUACAGAGCUCUACACAGUAACAGUAUUGACCGAGGCUGCAAUGAUGGGGGCGGAUAUUGAUGGAGACGUGCUUGUGUACUUGGACAUGGCCCAGUUCCACGGCGCCCAACAGCUCACUGGCUGGUGUCUUCACAACAUCUGCACCAACUACAACAGUGUCUGCCGCAAGUUUCCCCGAGAGAUGAGGGCCAAUUCUACAGAGAACCAAGAAUACUUUGAGAAACAUCGCUGGCCACCUGUGUGGUAUCUGAAAGAGGACGACCACUACCAAAGAGCACGCAAAGAGCGCGACAAGGAGGACUACCUGUACCAGAGGCGGCAAUGUAAGCGCAAGUGGCUCUUCUGGAACAUUCCUUCCUCCCCUAAUAGAAACUCUCCUUCCUCUGGCUCAUCCGCUGUCAUCUGACCAAAUGGUAAGGCCAGGUCAACUCUGAAGUGCAUCAGCGUGGAUGCCAGUUGUUAAAGAUACAAUAAAAGAAAAGCACCACUGGCUACCCACGCCCCGAUUAUUCAGGCACACGGUCUCUCCUCCUGUUUGUUCUCCAGGUCUGCAAGCUCAGCUUAAUCUGGCGGUUAAAGUAAUGAGUAUUGUUCCUCAGAUUUUAGCUUGGUGUACAUCAAACUCAAACCUCAGCGAUAUGAACCUUACUUACAAAUGGCACAGUGUAAUUGGUGCAAAGAAGAAAUGUCAUACUGAUUGUUUAAGUUAAAAAAAAAAUAGAACUCUGCUGGCACAGAAUAUUUCACGUAUUAUUUUGAACUAUCAUCAAUUAACCUGAAUUAAUAAUAACCAGCAAUUAAAUGCAGAACUACUCAGUCUCAUAUAAAUAACACAUUGCCCUUAAGUGUUUGUACAAUCCACCAAACUAAAUGUACAGUUUGCUCUUGUCAACAGGAUGUAACAACAGUGUUGUGCCCUGUAAUUCAUUAAUUAAAUCAUCCAGUCUAAUACUGAUACUGAUUUUGAUCAUGUAAGCAUGAAGGGAAAUAUCGGCAAGAUGGUUUGUGUGCAGAUUGCAAAGCUAAAAUGAUGUGAGUUUGGACAGGUUCAUCCAAAUUGCAUUGUGGUCUUGUGAUUUGUGGCCUCUUUUCAUCAAGGGGCUUCAGUUUACAUUGCAUUCAAUGUCCUGAAACACAAGUACCUAAACAAAAUAAAUAGCAGAUCACAAUUAUUUCCUACGAGUUGCUUUAAUAAGGCUUGUUAGCACACAUGUUCCCUAAGUCCAUCACUUUUAUGAUUCCAUUUGCUUGAUCACUGUCAUCCAAAAAAUACACAUGAUACAUCUCAAAAGAGAAUAGCAGCAUUCGCAGAGCUCAAUCAAUCAAGUGUCCGUCCCAACACCCUGAUGGUGUGUUUCAACGCAUCUGACACUGGUGUUGAGUUGGCCUUUAGAGGUUUAUCGUAGCCCCCUGACUGUCUGAAGUCAGCUGGAUCAGACUACAUUCAGGAGGAGGCUUCCCCGUGCCCGCGUCAGGUCCUUCCUAUACUUCUCCACACCUCAAGCACCUUUUGGACUCUUCUCCACAGAGACACACACAAAAGAAAAUCCAGUAGCAGCAUAAUGGUUAACGGCACCAAAUGGUGUCGUCGCGGCAAACUGCGGCUGCUGACCAGGAUACUUAAAAUGUAUGUUUUGAGAAAAAAAAGGUUGGGAAGUGGUUGAGAUCAAAUCAUUUUACAUGAUUUGAUUUUGAACACAAUAUAUCUUUAAAGAAUGUACAGUAUUACAGGGUAAUACAUAUACUGAAAAUAGACUUGACUUGUAUUUAGUUACUGUGCAGCUACAAACUGUUGUGUGAAUUAUCUGAAUACUCAUUGUGCUGACCUCCAGUUACAUCUAUUAUAUUCUGAAGAAAACAGGCAGUUCAAACUAACAGUGGACUUAUAGUAAAAUAGUAUUAUAGUGCAAGGUUAAGUAGACACGUGUUUAAAUAAUUUACAUUACUAAGACUUGGUACAUCCUUGAAACAUGUCAUAGUUAUUAAAGAAGUCUAAUAGCAGCAUAUAUCAAAGAAAGACUAACUUAAUCAUGCACAUGACAGGUUACAUAUUUUCAUGCAAUUUAUGUUAAGACAGAUAUUAGAGCCCCACAAACAGUUUAUAACCUAAAGCGCUAUGAAUCAAUUUAGUGAAAAUGAGUUUUUGCUGGUACUAACUUUCAAUUCAAUCACUAAUACUCCAUGAAAAGAGAUCUCAAAAUUCUCAUUAAAAGUGUAAGAUACAGAUUAGUGAUGCUGACGCUCUAAGCAGUAGCUUUAAAUUGUUCUCAAUUACAUUCACUUUUUACUGUUGAUUAGUAAACAUAAUAACUGUAAUCUUUAAUAUCUUUUGGCACAUGAGGCCGAAGGAUGAUCCUACUUCUGACUUUUUUAGACUGUUGGCCUAAUAUCUUAUAUUGUCAGAUUUUCUGACAAAAUACUUAUUCUAAUAAUUUAACAGCAGGAGGGUGUAUAUUAUUAUAACUUACUUUGCUGGUGUGAUUGCAAUUUCAUAGAUAUCCAUUUAAUUCCUCAUGAAUUGCAUUUCUCAAAGAGUCCUCUUCUGAUGUUUUGCAACAACAACACCUCAUGCCUUAAUGUACAGUGUAGUGUAUGGAAUUGAAUGUGUAGUAGUGUUGCUGUGGUCACUAUUCCUUUUGCUCUUUGUUUCGUUACCAUGGUGCUCUCUAGACCAUGCGUGGAUCUGUAAAUGUACGUAAUCUUUAUGUAAACCAAUUGAUGUCUGAUAGAUGCAAUGAGUGUGCUCUAGUUUGAACACUGUGCAGGGUUCAUGCCAUUUUAGAGCUGGGAAAUUCAAACUAAUUAAAGACUCAAACCACUAAGGCCGCUCUAGACUAACAGAAUGAUAAACCAUAGAUGUCUGACAUUUAUCAUGAAGUGAAUGCAGGGAUUUCAAAUCUGUUCCAUCAUUUGUAAGUCGCUUUAUGCUAAUGAUCUCCAGUUUUUGAGUCUGUAUAAUUCCAAAAUGCCGGGAUCGUGUGGCAAUUGGAAGCUAGAUUGUAACUCAAACAUGUAAAUAUAAAUAAUGGGAUGACUUUAAAUUCAGACUUAGCAUAGCAAUUGCUACGAGCAAUUGCAUAGUUUAACAUUUUGUACUAUGCAUAUUGAAAUAUCUAACUUUGAAAUUACAAACUUGCACUGCUUUGUAGCACCAGGUUAUAUUCAAAGUGUAUUAGAGGAUAUAGACACAUCAUUAUUAGAUAUGUACACAACAUCAGGUAAAAAAAAAGAAAAAGAUUUGAUCAUAAAUUACAAAGAAGUUGUCGCUGGAGCCCUUCUCCAUAUGUUUGGGUGCUAAUUUCACGCUGCAGAGAAGCACAAACCAAAGGGAGCUUUAGCAGCACCAGGAAUAUAUUAUAUGCUGCACAAUCACUACUGCAUAGAUUAAGAGGCCUUGUUCAAAAAAUGGUUGAAAAGUAAAUAUUACAAAAAUAACAAUAAUUCAUGAAAAGGAAAAAAAAAGGAAAAAUUGAAUGUUUUUUCAGUGUUCAAAACCUGGGUGACAUUUUCUUUAGUCACCAGGUAUUUAGGUUCUCAAGAGCUGUUUUCAUUGUUUAGAAGCUGUAAACCUAAAAUCCUGUAGCAUGUGUUCUUGAAAAUGUUUAAAUACUAUUUACUAAAUAAAAAAGGAGCAACGUG